AGUAUAAAUUGUAUUUGUUAUUGGUACACUUUUGAAAAAAUCACAAGUAUUUCAUCAAUUUAAUUGGAUUAUCAAGAAAAGACGGAAAAGAAAUAAAUAACAAAUAACUCGAGCAAUUAUGGAUUCAGAUAUUGCUCCUCUUAUUGAUGAGGAACAUAAUAGAAAUAUGUCUAAUCCAGGCACUGAUUCUAACAACCGGCUGUCUGUUAGGAGAAAAUUGAACGCCCUCGGGAUAUUAGUAACGGAAAUGUGCGAGCGAAUGACGUUUUACAGUAUAUCGGGAAAUAUUGUAAUAUUUUGUCAAAAUAUGCUGAAAUUUUCAUCAGCAACUGCUGCAACCAUAAAUGGGGCAUUCAUAGGAACAUGUUAUUUUAGCCCAAUUCUGGGAGGAGCCAUCGCAGAUUCGUACGCUGUGUUCGUAGCAAUAGGUACAGGAGGUAUUAAGGCAAACGUUGGACCUUUUGGCGCCGACCAAGUUAAAGAGGGAGGUUCAAAAGCAGUUGAAGUAUUCUUCUUCUGGUUUUAUUGGUUCAUCAACUGCGGAACAAUAUUUUCUUUUACUGUGGUAGUUUAUUUACAACAAAACGUUAGUUUUGCAAUUGGAUACGCAGUACCUUCAGCAGGAAUGUUGAUUGCAAUCAAAAUAUUUUUAGCUAAACGAAACCACUACGAACAUCCAAAAAUUCAAGGGAGUGUACUGAAAAAAAUGUUUGGUGUAGGCUUUUAUCUUCUACGAAAUUGUAGGAAAAGAGGAAUAAAUGAUGCUAAAACAUGCUUUGAUAAGGCAAAAAUAAAUUUCGGAGGACCAUAUUCUAAUGAAGAUGUUACUAAUUUUAAAUUACUUUUAAAAGUUAUUCCAAUAUUCUUAUUUACAAUUAUUUAUUGGACUUUAAAUACACAGUCGGGAUCAUAUUUUGUUAUUCAAGGAGAGCGUUUGAGAGUUAAGGUUAACUCUUUUACUAUACCAGUUGCUUCGUUGAAUAUCUUCAAUUCUGUUUGUAUUAUGCUUUUUAUUCCCUUGAUGGAUAGGGUAAUUUAUCCUUUAAUGGAUAAAUUUGGUAAAAAGCCCACACAACUACAGAGAUUAGGAUUUGGAAUGAUUGUAAUAACAACAAGCUUUCUUAUAAGUGGAGGUUUAGAGAUUGUUAGAAAGAAAGAUAUAGAGAAGAAUGGUGUCAUUCAACAAGUUAUCGGUGAUAAAACUUACAAUGCAUCACACGUUACCAUUCUCGGGCAAAUACCUCAAUUUGCUCUAACUGGAGCUAGUGAAGUGUUCACAAGUAUUACCAGUUUGGAAUUUGCAUAUUCUCAAGCACCAAAAUCGCUGAAAAGUGUAAUAAUGGGAAUAAACUUGAUGAUGACUGGUUUAGGUAGUUAUUUGGGAUCUCUUCUUAUAAAUGUAAUAAAAAAAGCAACGGCAAAUGAUCCAUGGUUACCGGAUGAUAUUAAUAAGGGAAAACUGGAAUAUUUUUUCUUUUUGUUAGCUGGCUUAAUGGCCUUAAAUUUCCUAAUAUUCAUACCAGUUUCAAAAUCGUAUCAAUACGUGACAAAAGAGACAGAUGAACUAGGAGAAGACAAUGCAGAGGAGGAACAUAAAAAUGAGAAUUAG